UAUGUGCUUGAACCUCCCUUUAGUGCCCCUUUCUUUCUCUCAAUUCUCGCGUGUAACUUCCGAACGCAAAUUAGCCUACUUGAGAGAGAGAAGAGAACACACAGAGAAGAAAAUACAGAGAACCCCAAAACCACACAACAACAAUAACAGAGAGAGAGAGAGAGAGGCUCAGACAGACUCAGACUCAGACACAGACAGAGAGACAGACACCACCAUAAAAAUACAACCACUAGAAGACUCGAGACUCUGAGAGAAACUAGAGCAAACACACAGAAGAAAACUGCUCUCUCAUCUAUCCCAUUCUUCUUGUAAAUCAUUCAUCUUUAGAGAGAAAGACAAAGAGAGAGAUCUCCUUUGUCAUUCUGCAUUGCCCACUUCGUAGUGGACAAGGUAAUCUCACCAGUUGUAUCUCAAAUACCCAGAAUUUGGAUUUCACAGAUUUUCCCGUUAACGCUUUGAAUCCGCUCUCUUUAGCCCUUUUGAUCGAUACCCUCUUUAAAUUGGCUUCGACCCACGAAAUAAAACUUAAAAUUGUAAAGUGCUCGAUUGUCCUUCUUUUUGUUGUUUUUUUGUUUUUUAAAAUUUUGAUUUUUUUCCCAGAAUUUUUUGAGGAGUGGGAUUAGGGUUUUUGAUAGUGGGUAUUUUGCUCAGAGCAUGCUUUGUUUUGGUGGAUAUUUUAGGGUUUCGUUGGAUCGCAACUGGGUACUCGUCCAAUUCCGCUGUUUUGGACUAAUUAGGGUUUGAUCAGAGCACAUUUGAGGAACUGGCAGAUAUUGGAAUCAUCGCAGCCUUUCAUAGAAUGAGCAUAAGCUCCGAUCUUUCCCCGGAACGGAAUUGUGGAUUUGCCAGAGCUGGGUUGAGUACAUGAACUCUGAGAUUGCAUAGAAUUAUGGGAGUUAUUGUUUUUCUGAGCAUGGAAGAAGAUUGCACAUACUGAAUUGGGUACAUGAGUGAUCAGAGACUUGUGGGAUCAUAAUUUCGGAGCAAAAGGACUUCCGGGUUUUUGCUGUUUUUGCGUGCUUGAUCUUCAGCUGGGAAUGAAUUUGGUUUUGGGUUACAAGGAGGAGCUGAUGAUUCUGUAUUGGUCCAGAAGGCAACACAGAGGAUUGGAUUGUAGUGGACCGUUUUCGUUUCUCAAAAAACCGUUUGGCUUAACUUAGUUUGAACAAAGUUCUUGACAGAAGAGCUUUUGAAGUAGUUAGUUUAUCUGGGUUUUGUUGGGUUUUAGUUCAGUUUUGUGUUGCAGUUGUUUCCACUGAGCUGGUGCUUUUUGCUGAGCCUUGGUUUUUCAAGUGAAUUGUGUGUGUUAUUGCUUUGCCUGCCUGCACUUCUGUGUGGAAACGAUUAAGGAUUGGUUCAAGUGCCUGUUGGAGUGACUGAGAAGCUCAUGGAGGAUUUUUGAUGCUGGGAAUGAAUGCGGGGACAUGGUGCAUGGACAGGAGCAUAGUUGCUGGUUCGUUCCCUUUCUGGAACAGUGCUACUGGAAACUAAUUCAGGAGUUUUCUUCCUUGGAAGGCACUGGUGUUUUGUAUUGUGGGAUUUUGUGCAAUGUCGCGCUGCUUUCCAUUUCCUCCACCUGGAUAUGAAAAAAGGGCUAGGAAGGAUGAUGUGGACUUGCUAAAAAAGGAGAAGCACAGAGAAAAGAAGCAUAAGAAGGAAAAAAGGACAAAGAGAAGAGAGAAAGUAAAGAAAAAAGUGAGAAAGACAGAAGUGAUGGAAAGCAUCGGGAAAAGAAAGACAAGAAGGGAAAAAACAGAGACAAGAAGAAGGAUAAGGAGAAAGACAGGGACCCCGUUAAAGAUAAAAUUAGUCCUUCAGAUGAGAAGAGAAAUCUGGGGAAAACUGAGAGUUUUGGUGCAGAGAAAUUCAUUCCUAAAGAGUACAAAGAUAACUGUGUUGACAAGAGAAAUACUGGGCAAGUUGGAGGUUAUCAGGCCGAGAAGCUCAGUCAAAAUCGUCAUCUGGCUGAGGAGAACCACAAUUCUGUAUUGUUGGAGUUGGGUAGGAGAACUAAAGAUGAGGCCAGAGGAAUUGGUAACCAUGUGGUUGAGAAGAUUUCUGAAUCAGACCGAAAGAAGGAUGAGGGGAUGGGGGAUGGUCAGAUUGGUGGCUAAGGAUGCUGACAUUUUGGCCGAAGUCAAGGAAAAGAACAAGGACAAGAGAGUUGAUGACAGAAAGACGGAUGGGCAAGGCAUCAGGGUUGCAGCACAAAUUAGUGGGAACACAAUGGUUCAGAACCCUGUUGGUAUGGUUGAAACUAAAGUUGAAGGGCUUUCCAGACCAUUGGGGAGCAACGUGGAUAGAAAGAUUGAUGGAAAAGAAAAGACCAAAGAGAAGGAAGGUGAUGAUAAACGAAGAGAGAAACGCAAGGAGAAAGAUAGAGAGAAGAAAAAACAAGGGAAAGACAAGGAUAAAGAAAAGAAAAAGGAAGCGAAAGCAAAGGAGAAAAAUGAAUCUAAGAAUGCAGAGCCAGGUAAAGAGAAGAAAAAGGAAGAGAAAGCAAAGGAGAAAAAUGAAUCUAAGAUCGCAGAGCUGGAUAAAGAGAAGAAAAAGGAAGAGAAAGCAAAGGAGAAAAAUGAAUCUAAGAUCGCAGAGCUGGAUAAAGAGAAGAAAAAGGAAGAGAAAGCAAAGGAGAAAAAUGAAUCUAAGAUCGCAGAGCUGGAUAAAGAGAAGAAAAAGGAAGAGAAAGCAAAGGAGAAAAAUGAAUCUAAGAAUGCAGAGCUGGAUAAAGAGAAGAAAAAGGAAGAGAAAGCAAAGGAGAAAAAUGAAUCUAAGAUCGCAGAGCUGGAUAAAGAGAAGAAAAAGGAAGAGAAAGCAAAGGAGAAAAAUGAAUCUAAGAAUGCAGAGCCAGGUAAAGAGAAGAAAAAGGAAGAGAAAGCAAAGGAGAAAAAUGAAUCUAAGAUUGCAGAGCUGGAUAAAGAGAAGAAAAAGGAAGAGAAAGCAAAGGAGAAAAAUGAAUCUAAGAAUGCAGAGCCAGAUAAAAUAAGAAAGAGCAAUAAAGAGGAUCAUAUAGACCCUCAUUACGUUAUAACCUCCCAACUUCCGAAAGACAGCAACAAAAGUGCUGGUGCUGAUGGAAAUCUUAAGAAACGGAAGGACUUGCAGACAAAUGGAGUUUUGCAUGCCAAUGACAUUAGGCCCAGUAAACUGCCGCGACCCUCUUCUUCCUCUCAUCCAUUAACGGUAAAUGGAAGAACAGUGGAACCUUGCCAAACUUCCACCCCGUAUGUUUCAGAUAGGCUGGGAUCAGCAAAUAAUGUUAAGGUGGACAAUAAGGACUGCAAGAUAAAUGGCAUCAUUGAAUCUCCGUCAUUGUCCGUCUCCCCUGCAAGGCUGACGUCUACAGCUGCACAGGCUGUUCCUGUUGCCAAAGCAUCUGUGAGACCGCCCCAUCCAGAUUCCAGAUAUCUAAGCCAGGUUUAUUUGGUUCCAAAGGUGGACGAAGUGCCUGAUUAUGAUGAUGAAGAUUGGUUGUUUGGGUGCAGUGGUAACCAAUCAAAGAAGCCCAAGGUGGAAUCUUCAGGGUUUGAGGAGACACCUGAGGUAUGGUCAGAGGCUCUGCGGAUAGAGUCUGCUGAUGUUCACAUUCUACCGUAUGUCAUUCCAUAUUGAUUGACUCAAAUGGGCAUGCUUCACCGCUUCACCUCCUAACUCUGAUGCGGGCAACCCUCGAUAGGACCACACUAGACCAAAGCUAGAAAGGCAUCUGGCCACCUUGGACAUAUAUUCAGAGUUUUCUAGCUGCAUUCAUCUGUGAUUGCACUCUGUUGCAGUGAGUACGACUAAUGGUCUGCUUCUCAAACAGUCUUAAAUGCAAAGGUUGCAAGGGUCACUCACACAUUAUGGCUUGCUCCAGGACCGGGCGGGCUAUUUGGAUUCAAGGGCUGGUUUUCCCCAACAGCUAAUUCAUUCAAAACGGAAAUUUUCAUAAGUGCGACCAAGUGAAGGGUUGCGUAGAAAGGGAGAUAGAUAUAUAAAAGCUUGUGCAAUUUUUGUUUUCAUUUACCUAGGAGCUGAGAAGCUCAUUCUAAUUGAGCAUUUAAGAGAAACUAGCCACAAUUUUGAUUUGUAACAUAGAACUCUUAUUUACAAGAAAUGUAAGAUAGAAGAAAAGGGAAAGUAGUUGCAUUCGUUCGUUGGCCUCCUUCCAUAAUUGUUCGUCGCACUGUGUUUCCAAAAUUGCUGUCCUUUAAUUUCCAUUUUCCAAAUCGGGAGCGCACUUUGGCUAUGA